AGCACUUUUCAGUCUUCACUGCCCUCUCUAAAAGCUCUGCGUGGGUGUCAAUGGCGGAUCUGAAGUCAAACUUUCUGAAAGUAUACUCCGUCCUGAAAUCGGAGCUCCUUGAAGACCCUGCUUUCGAAUGGACCGAUGAUUCUCGGCAAUGGGUUGAGCGGAUGCUGGACUACAACGUGCCUGGAGGGAAGUUAAACAGGGGGUUGUCCGUUAUUGACAGCUACAAACUGCUGAAAGAAGGAAAGGAAUUAACUGAAGAUGAAUUUUUCCUUGCUAGUGCUCUUGGUUGGUGUAUCGAAUGGCUUCAAGCAUAUUUUCUUGUUCUUGAUGACAUUAUGGAUAGCUCUCACACACGGCGUGGUCAACCUUGCUGGUUCAGAUUGCCAAAGGUUGGUCUGAUUGCUACAAAUGAUGGGGUUCUUCUUCGAAACCAUAUACCCAGGAUUCUUAGGAAUCACUUCAGGAACAAACGCUACUAUGUCGAUCUGCUCGAUUUGUUUAACGAGGUGGAAUUUCAGACAGCUUCAGGACAGAUGAUAGAUUUGAUUACUACAAUUGAAGGAGAAAAAGAUCUGUCCAAAUACACUUUGUCACUUCACCGCCGCAUUGUUCAGUACAAGACUGCCUAUUACUCAUUUUACCUUUCGGUUGCAUGUGCAUUGGUUAUGUCGGGUGAGAAUCUGGACAAGCAUACUGAUGUAAAGAAUAUUCUUGUUGAAAUGGGGGUCUACUUUCAAGUACAGGAUGAUUAUUUAGAUUGCUUUGGAGAUCCUGAAACAAUUGGCAAGAUCGGAACAGACAUUGAAGAUUUCAAGUGUUCUUGGUUGGUGGUAAAAGCAUUGGAGCUAAGCAACAAGGAACAAAAGAAAAUACUACAUGAGAACUAUGGGAAACCAGACCCAGCCAAUGUUGCAAAAGUAAAGGCUCUCUACAAAGAACUUGAUCUUCAGGGUGUAUUUGCUGAGUAUGAGAGCAAGAGCUAUGAGAAGUUGACAGCCUCUAUUGAAGCUCAUCCGAGCAAAGCAGUUCAGGCAGUGUUGAAGUCAUUCUUGGGUAAAAUAUACAAGAGGCAAAAAUAGAGUCGUGAGAGAGAAAGGUCGGAAGAUGAAUGCCAGAAUGGUCUCAGCCUUUUAUACUGAUUUGUAUCUCUAUGUUUCCCAUUAAAAAGGAAUAAUCUCUUUGCAUUAUAGUCUUGUAAAACAAUUUUCUUGCUGCUGGUUUUGCUUAGUUUUGUUUCCAUUUCCAAAUAAACAUCUAUGAUUUUGUAUUUUCAAUUGAUAUUAGCCAUCAGUGAAUGCCUUAAGUACCAA